UUUCCUCAAUUGAAUUAAAUUUAAAAUCUCUCAGGAAUCACAAUGACAUUGAAAACUUUUUUGCCCUAGAAGAAAUGACCUUAUCUCGAACUUCUUAUCCGAAAAAUUGGCUUUAGUCGUGUUCUACCAGUGGAGUGUGUGUUGAAUUUGUUAAACAAUGAAAAUUUCUCUAGGGUUAUUUAUUUACUUAUUACAUGGAAUCAACUGCAUGGAAAACGCCUAUUUAACGAAGUAUUUGAACGAUCGAGCGAAAAUUGUGGGGGAGAAAUUAAUUAGACAUGCCAGAAAGAAAGAAAAUCUUUACACCGUGAAACUUAAUAACACAAAUAUAGACCUGAUCGGAAAUUAUAGCCAUGGAGAGAUUUUCACUUUUUUCAAUACGCCUUAUGCUCUAGUAGACCAAGAUUUGUACGAAAUUUCACAAAAUAAUUCAACUGUGAUCCAUGUUCUACGAAAAAAAGACGUCAUUUUUGUCAAGACAACAGAGUUUCAAUCAUUGGGCUUCGUAGCAUUUGCCACAAAAGAAUCCUUACACAUUUCGGGAUUUCACAAACGAACUCAAAAAUUUUUCAAAAUACAAAACAUCCUAACUAAAGUAACAGAUGCCACGUUUUUCCAAAAUCACAACAAUUUAUACUUAAUUACUUCAAACUACAAAACACCCGACCUGGCAUCAAUAAUCAUCUACAAAUUCGUCCAAACGCAUUUUGACGAAACUGUAAAAUUUGAGGCUUCGGGAGCGUCCAAAAUCCAUACUUUUCCAAGCGAACAAAGCGAGAUUAUUUUAAUUUUGCACAAGGAAGGGAAAACGUCAAGUUUGUACGAGUUUCAUGAAGACAAAAUUAAAACUAUUCAGAAAAUUGAUACAAAAAGACCAGAGCAAGUUUUGGACUAUUUGUAUGAGGGGAAACGUCACGUUUUGAUUUUUGGCCAAAGUGGCACUGAUUUGUAUUUGUGGAGCGGAAUUGAUCUGUUACUUUGGGAUCAAUUUACGGAAAAUGUGGGACAAAAAACAUUGAUUUUUUAUGUCAAAAAUGACCCAUUUGUUUUGUCAAAAAAUAACGAAAGCUUCUUAUUGUUUAGUUUAAGUAAUAACAAAUUUAAUUUAGUUUACAAGUCAAAUUUUAAUCUGAAUUAUGUCAAUUUGUGGAGUAUGGUGAUGCACAAAAACGAGUUAAUUACUUUAGGACCAACUAUAAAUAAUUCUGUAACAAUAAACAAAGUUACAAUUUUGGUCCAAAUGAAUAAUUUGGCUGAAAACCUCAUGGAACAAGAAACCACACUUUCUGAUUGUUUUCUGACUCUAGAAAAAACUGUGUAUGCACUACGAAACAAACUAACUCAAAAUGACACUCUUUUGAGAGCAGCAAACGAUGGGGUAAAUAAAUUUCCAGGCGAAAAAUUUGAAAAAUUGAUAGAGAAAUACGAAAGUGUUGAAAAAUCCCUAAGAAAUCGCAAAUCCCAAAGUUUGAUUGUUGAUGAGUCUGCAAUUCUCCAAAUUCCCCUAAAAACCAAAAAACUGCUAGCUCGAAAAAUCAAAUUUGAAGAAAUUAAAAAUGAAAAAUGGCAGCCACAAAAAUGGCUGUUGUAUUCCAAACCUCAGAAUAUUUCAGGACCUGUGACGGCACAAAUGUUGCAAGUGACAAAUUUAAACACAAAACAAAACAAGUUGUUCGAUGAUUUGUUGUUGUCUACAGGGGGUCAAAAAUUGUCCGGUUUUGUCACUACAAAUAAUUUAGAAACGUCGCAAAUUGCAACUAACUCAAUAAACGAGAUUCCUGUUGAUGAAUUUUGUUACACAACUCGCCCAAUUAGGGUCGAAGGGGUUAAAACUUUUCCCGAAUUAAGGGCCAAAAAUAUUCACACAGCUGCCAUAAAUGGGAUUGGUGCGAAAAAAACAGUGACUCUUUUAAGCCAGCAAUUGAAGUACAAUUUUGCCCCAAAUGUCACAAUUGGUGAUUUGUGGGUCGAAAACUUGAACGAAAUCGAUUUCGAAAAUUUCAAAAAUUCCGUUUUCCGAAUUGGGGUUAGUGACACAAUCACUGGGAAUCUCACUUUCCCGAAUUUACUUUCGACGAAAGUCCGUUUUGGGACAUUGUCCCAAAACCAGGAUUUUCUGACGACUUCCACCGACCAAAUAGUUAAUUCGACAAUCACAAUUCCGAAAAUUUUCACCCACGAUGUCAAAACAGCGAGAAUAAACGGGGCCAAUUUCACAAAUUUGGCCACUUUGAACGACACAAUAACCGGCCCCGUGACCAUCAAGGACUUGAACAUCCGGAACAACUUAGAGCUCGAAGGCGAAAUCGAAACAGAAUUUUUGCAAAUCAACAACACACAUAUUAUGGGGACUCACGAGUCUGAUUUUUUCCAGCGCUACGACGGCCGAGUGAAAAUCCAGGGAAAUCUCUAUUUGCGAAACUUCGAGUUGGGAAACUCAGCCAAAAUCCUCAUUUCCGGUGAGGAGUUUGAGCCAGAAAUGGGGCGGUUUUGGAGCAAGUCCGGUCAGCAGGAAAUCCCCACACAUUUCGAGGCCCAAAACGGCAUUUCGACGCCCCAUUUGACCACAAUUUUUGUCAAUAACGUCCACGUCGGUGAUUAUAUGCUUAAUUCGACGCAGCAAAAGAAAAAAACGAAGUUUUAUUUCGAUAAUGUAACAAUCAGAGGAAACGUGUUGCUCAAUCCGGAUGAAGAACAUUCGCCUGAUUUACGAAGGAUUCAAGAAGAAGCGGUUAUAAUUAAUGGAACUUUCAAUAUAAGAGGUCGUAAAACGUAUAAAAAUGUUUUGAAAGUGCACGAACUUGAGCUUAAUCACUUGAACAAUGUUGAUACGAUCAGUGCAGGUCCUCAAAAAAUUCAAAAUUUGGUUAUUAAAGGUGACCUCAAGUCCGAAAAUUUGACAACUCAGACUUUAAACGGAGUUAAUCUAACUGAUUUAAUAGCAAACACCGUGUACCUCGAUAAAGCCCAAAAUGUCCCCAAACUUAAUUUUAACAACAUUUCCGUUGACAAUUUAUUUGUUACUUCCAAAUUAAACAACAAAAAUGUUAACGAACUUGUUGCAAACCUCGACAAAAUUAAUAACAUUUCUAAAAUUGAGAACGUCAUAGUCAGUGAUAAUGUCACAAUCAAAAAUGUGGAAAAUUUGGCGAGAAUUAAUGAUUUCAGCACUGAUAAAUUAAUGUCAAAAAGCCACUCGAAGUACCACGAUGGUACAAUUUUCGGAGAUGUCAGAUUUUUAGGAAAUGUCAAAAUUCGAGACUUGCAAGUCGUUGUCAUAAAUGACGUCAAUUUCGAAAAAUUGUCAAAACGAGUUUUAUACAAGUCUUGGAACCAGACGAUAGAGGAACAUUUUGUUUUCAAUAGGCUCAUAUCAGACAACCUAAUAACUGAUCAAAUAAAUGAAUUUGAAGUUGCAAACCUGAUUGAUAUUUCGAGCACCAAGUCUCAGGUGAUUUUCGCCCCCAGAGGGCUCAAAUUCGCAAAAAACACCACGAUUCAAAAUUUGUUUGCAAACAUUGGGUGUGACCUCAAUGAAGGUUUGACAAAUUUGAGAAACCCUCCGUCACAACUUUGGGGCGAGAUUGUAGUCAACGGAAACGCAACUUUUUGGGAUAGUGAAUCACUCAUUAGUGACAUUUUUGAAAAUGUGGUCACUACUCGUAAAAAUCACACAAUUAGGGGAAAAGUAAAUUUUGCCCACCAUGUUUUUGCGAACAACAUGACAGCUUUGAAAAAUGUCAACAACGUGAACAUUUCGGAAAUCAUCAAGGACGCGUUUGUGAACAAACCAAACUUGGAGCAGGUUAUAACCGGGCGUAAAAUCUUCCAGAAAUUGGAAGCCGAGGACGUUGACAGUUUACAAAACACAAAUGUUUCGUCAAUCAACGAAUUGAAAAUUUCCGAAAUCGAUGCCAAACUUAUCAAAAAUGCACUUGACGUCCCAAUCAAAGGCAAAAAAGUGUUUUUCGGUGGUUUACAAACGAAAAAAAUUGAGACUGGGUUCAUAUCCGGAGUUGGGGCUGAAAAUUUGGUCAGUUUUGUGAACGCCACUCAGGUGCCAAACGCCAUAUUUGGUUCUGUGGUUGUUUUAGAGAAUUUUAACGUCAAGUUUAUCAACAACAUGCCACUUGAUGUUGUUCUCAAUGAACGGUUUUUGAAAAAAGGGCCCAAGCAAGUUUUAACCGGGAAUUACUUCCUCCGAAAUGUGAAAUUUACCGGAAAUGUAACAACACCGCGAAUUAAUGAUGUUGAAAUGGAAAAUGUUGUUUAUGAUGACAAACACAUUAUUAAUAGUCUGAAGAAGUUUAACCAUUUUGUGGUACUUGGAAAUGUGGAUGUGGAGCUUAUUAAUGGAUUUAAGUUGUCACAAUUGUACGAACAAGCCGUUUUGAUUAAUGAGGAAACGAAUUUCAAAAAAUCUGUGUACGUUAACAAACCAACUUUCAUGGAUGGCAACAUUGAAACAAAUUAUAUAAACAACAUUUCGGUGAAUUACAUGUUAGAGACGAGUAAUCAAAAUUCGCUAAAUUCAAAUACUGAGCAAAUACGUAAAAUAGCAACAAUUGUAACAAAUUUUAUCAAAACUUACUUCAAUUCGACUAUAAGGAUGCCAACUGAAGUAAUGUAUUUGGAAAAAUCAAAAGAUUUACAGAUUUCGUUACCGAAUGUAAUUGGGGCGGAGGUUGUAAAAACGAAAAAUGAUGUUUUAAUUCACAUUGAAAGUGAAGAAGAGGGCUCCUCUUGUGGGUUACCCCCAACUUGCAAAUGUCCAUUACAACAAACAAUGCAAGUUUCAUCGAAACACUCUGUAAAUAUGUUUUUAAAUAAAGCCACCCAACGAAUAUAUAGUCACUAUGACGAAAACAUAGUUGUCCAUUUUAUCACUCAUAGUAUCAGCACUGAUUCCUACUGCAGCACAAAUAAAAAUAAAGUAAUGGACGAAAUCUCAUCCCUGACAUGGACUGUCACUCCCUAUGGCAACAAUACAGGAGGUUUCUUCAUCCACAGAGGCUUCUUCAAUGGAUACAUAACCGGGGUCAAGUUUUUCACAAUUUAUGGCAAAACCUACAUCGUAGUGGGAAUUUACUACGACCCGAUUUUGGAAACACAUGCCGUUGACAGUUUAGUGCUGAGGUUUAAUCAAGAUCAGACGAAAAUCGAGAAAGUUCAGAGAAUACCAACUGUUGGAUUGAAAACAAUUUCUUUGUUUCCUACAGCGCAAGGGGUAGUUUUAGUCAUGGGGGUUGAUGUUUCAGGGCGGUAUAACAGCACGAAUACGAAGAUUUUCCGGUUUGAUCAUCACAAAGAACAGUUCGAGCUUCUACGCGAGUUGCCCACUUUUGAUUGUCUUUUCGCCGAAGGAGUUGUUCUCGAAAUGGACAGCUUGAUUGUUUUAGCCAAUCAACGCUCGGCUUUGCAUAUUUUAAAAUAUCACCCGAAUUUUGAUAAUUACUAUUUUUAUCAAAGCUUCCAGUUGGAUUAUCCAGUGUCGUCGCUCUCUGUGUUUUACGCUGAAGGUUUUGGGAUCAGCGACGCCUAUUUGAGCGUCGUAACGAAGAACAAUAAAUACUUCAUAUUUUCGUUCCAAUUUAUCGCAGGUUGGAAAGUCGAAUCCACCGGUCAAUUAGACGGAAUUAAGGUUUUAGUACCGUUCACGAUCAACAAAAAAUCGUAUAUUUUAGCUCCAUCAAAAACAAGUUCGUUGCUAGCAGUUGUGGAACACGACUCAGAUUAAAUGUAUUGUUAUUUUAUUGUUGUAAUUUUAAUGUGAAAAAUAAAACAACUUUCUUUAUCAAGUCAGAUUAAAUGAAAAACAGAUUACUUUGAAUAUUAUUUAUUAAAUUGGUCA